AUGACACUCUGGAUAGUUUCUCCUUUUUGCUUCAUUGUGUUCAUCAUUUUCAUUUGCAAAGGAUUCUAUAACGCUGCUUCAAGUUCCCGGAAAAAGCUACCCCCCUCUCCGUCAAGGUUUCCGAUCAUUGGAAACCUUCACCAGUUGGGCUUACAACCACAUCGCUCCCUCCAAUUGCUAUCUAAACGCUAUGGUCCACUUUUCUCACUUAACCUGGGUAGUGUGCCAGUAUUGGUCGUCUCCUCUGCCGAUGCAGCGCGAAUGAUCAUGAAAGAUCAUGAUUUGAUUUUCUCAAACAGGCCAAAAUCAAGCAUGGCGGAAAAACUUUUGUAUGGCUCUAAGGACAUAGCGUUCGCUCCAUAUGGUGAAUACUGGAGGCAAGUGAGAAGCAUAUGUGUGUUACAGCUUUUGAGUAACAAGCCGGUUCAAGCUUUUCGUCGUGUAAGAGAAGAAGAAACAACACUAAUGGUCGAGAAAAUCAGACAAUCGCUUUCUUCAUCUUCCUCGAUAAACUUGACCGACCUAUUAGUAUCCCUUACAAAUGAUAUAGUGUGCAGGGUGGCAUUGGGAAGGAAAUAUUGUGUUGGGGAAGAAGGGAAAACUUUCAAGUGGUUGUUGAGGGAGUAUGGGGACUUGUUAGGUACUUUCUAUGUAGGGGAUUACAUCCCGUGGCUUGCCUGGAUUAGUAAAAUCAAUGGUUUGGAUGCGAAAGUGGAUAAACUGAUUAAAGUGUUUGAUGAAUUUUUGGAGGGCAUAGUUGAAGAACACAGGGAGCAAAUGAAAGGAGGGGUAAAUUGUGAUGAAGCCGGAGUAUCGGAUUUUGUGUACUUAUUGCUUGAAAUUCAGAUACAAAAUCGGGCCGGUUUUCGACUGGAAACUGAUGCGAUCAAAGCUGUUAUCCUGGAUGUAUUUGGUGCUGGAACGGAUACAACAUCUACUGUUUUGGAAUGGACCGUGGCGGAGCUUUUAAGGCACCCGAAAAUCUUGGAGAAAUUGCAAAAUGAGUAUGGUUUGGCCGUAGUAAAAUGA